AUGACUUCUGUUUUACCGGAUCGGAGUGAAACACGAAAUACUCCCCGCUUCUUUGAUCGCGAACGCAUCAAUCUUGAAUCUCAUCAAUUGAUGUUUCUGAACACCGAACCAGAUCAACUUCUUUUCACAUUAAAUCAACUUCGGCAAAUUGUUGAUCAUACGAGAAUUACUGACACUAUCGAUGAAACUCUUCAAGCCAUCCAACAAACAACAGAUACAACAACAUUUCUUAUUUGUUUUGUCCAUCUUGGUGAAAUUCUUAUUCCACAAAUUCAUACUUUCGAAAAUGUUCGAUCAAUUUAUAUUUAUUGUCAUAGCCAACCAUACGAUGAACAGUGGUUAAAUGAAUAUCCGAAAAUCAAAAAUGUAUAUACGGAUCCAGAACUACUCGUGAAUGCUCUGCAAGUAGAUGUUGAACAAUAUUUACAAAAUGAAAAGAACGGAAUAUUUAGCGAAUUCGGUCGAGAUAAUUAUACCAGUGAUAUCCAUACAUUUUCUUGGUGGAACUAUGUGAUUCAUCUGAUUUGCCAUUUGACAUAUCCUGACAACUCUCGCACCAGUUUUGUUGAAAUAUUAAGGAAUUACUAUGAGGGCAAAGCAGUCGAAUUAAAAAUUUUAGAUGAGUUCAGUCGAGAUUAUUCCCCGAAUACUGCUAUUCUUUGGUACACGCGAAAUACGUUUCUUUAUCUCCUUAUUAAUAAAGCGUUACGUCAAAAAAACAUCGAAGUCAUUUUUCUAUGUGGCUUUUUUAUCAGAGACAUUUAUUCACAAUUACAAAAUCAAUACGAAAUCUUGAAAAUGAAACAUAGAAAUGAUCCGAUAAUCAAAGUGUAUCGUGGACAGAUUAUUUCAUUAAGUGAAAUUCAUUGGAUCAAAUCGUCCCAGUUCAUCAACACUAGUUUCUUUUCGACAUCUCUUGAUCAUUCUUACGCAUCAUUCUUACUUGGAUCAUCAAGUGGACCUGAUGAUGAAAACCAGCAUAUUUUCUUUGAAAUUGAAAUUGAUGUUCGAUUAGUUUCUCAACCGUUCGGAUCGAUCUCGAGUUUAUCUUAUUUUCCCAAUGAAAAUGAAGUUCUUUUAAUGAUAGGAAAUCAUUUCAAAACAACUAACUGGUUCUAUGAUGAUCAUCGAAAUGUGUAUGUGGCAAAUGUUAAACUUGAAGCCGAUCCUUCUGUCAGACCGAAACGUGAUUUUUUCGGCAUGUCUCCGCGAACGAUACUAAAAGUCGGUGUCAAUGAUAUUUCUCAGCAUUUAUAUCGAGUCGGUGUAGAAAGCAUUCAAUCACUUUUUUCUCAAUUAUAUCAACUGUUUCCAAACGAAAAAGAAUGGUUAAAUGCCAUGGAAUGUUAUACUUUAGCUACUCUUUAUUCACAGUUUCACAUCAAACAUUAUCCUGAAUAUGUUGAUAUCACUUUGUCACAGUAUCGACAGGCGUUGAUGAUCUAUGAAUUAUACUUAGAUGAUGGAGAAUUAUACUGUGCAAUUGAUAUAGCUCGAGUUUAUCUUGGCAUGGGUUCUAUUUAUCGAGCGUACGUCGAAGAUAAUGCACUCGCUAAUGAAUACUAUGAUCUGGGUAUUAUUUUAAGUAUUUCAUUACUUCCAUCCAUAGUUAAUCGAGAUAAACGAAUCGAACUCUAUAAUGUCAUAGGUUGGCUGUACGAGGUUAGAACAGCACUUGAAACUGAUCAAAGCAGACGAAGAGAAUUGAUUUUCAACGCAAUUGCGCAUCGAAAAACGCAAUUUGAAGAAAUGUUAACUUAUUCUUCAUAUAAACAUUCAGAUUUUAUUGAAUGUAUUUAUAGUUUAGCUAAACUACAAGCUUCGAUUGAUCUCAUAAGCGAAGCACAAAUGAAUUAUGAAAAAGUGAUUGAUCUUUACCUGAAAGAACCUGUACCAAAUUUUGGUUCAAGUGAAGGUAUUUACAAACAAUUAUCGAAGAUAUUUAUUGAAAGAAACGACUACACCACUGGUCUUUCUUAUAAACAAAAAGAACUUGAAUGUAAAACGAAAAACAUAGCACAGUAUUCAGGAUCAUAUAAAUUAGAUAUGGGUUAUUUCAAUAGAGAUGUGGCUGAGACGUAUGAAGAGUUAAGUGAUAUUUGUAUUCAGUUGCAACAAUAUAAAUCAGCACAUGAACACUUGAAGAUGGCAAUGCAACUCUACGAGAGUGCGGAUACUUGGAAAUCAGAAGAAAACCUUGCAAUUAUUACACAAAAAUUAAAAAGUAUCGAAGAAAUGUAUGAUGAAUGA